UAGCAGUGGUAUAGAUUUGAACUAAUUAUGUAGGUAGAAUUAGCUGUCAGGCACACCUACAAGGGCGUGUAAUUCGGAACAAAACGAGAGCUGUUAUUUCCAAGCAAUCGCCUAUCCUUUUGUAGAGAUCAGUGGUAAAAAUCGAUAAAUAUUUUACGUCUUGUCAGUACUGGAUCGUAGUUCGCAAAUUGUUAAGCAAAUUGGCAUAGGUAAAUGUUACAUUAAUUAAAAGUGGUUUCUGGUAGCGGGCGGUGUGGGUUUUGUGUUUGGACGGUGUAGGGAUGGAGUCCUAAUUUAAGUUGAUUCUAAUAUAUGUAAAUUAAAAACUUACCAAAAUGUAUAAAAUUUUUCAAAUUCGCCACAUUUUCGAAACUGCAUUAUUAAUAUCUUUAGCUACACUAACUGUUUAUUUUUUUGGUAUUAUAAACCUACAUUUUAGUGACAAAAAUAACUAUUGUUCUAUGACUUAUAUGUUUGAAUAUCCACAAUUUGUGCGGAUAUCGUUAGACGAUGAAAUUGCAACGACAAAAUACCCACAAUAUGGGCUGUAUGCUUAUAGUGAAGGGAGGUUUACUGAGAAAACUAGGAAGAUGUGGUUCGAUGGUAUACCAGUGUUGUUUUUACCUGGAAACUCUGGCAGUCACAUGCAAGCUAGGUCCCUGGCUUCUGUUGCUCUUCGAAAAGCUAUAUCCAAAGGCUAUGAAUAUCAUUUCGACUUUUUCACAAUAAGUUACAAUGAAGAAUUAUCUGCUUUUUGUGGAAGUGUAUUGGAAGGUCAAAGUGAAUUUGCUGCUAUGAGUGUUGCCAAAAUUUUAAGUUUAUACAAAUAUAAUAAAUACACCAAAUCUAUACCAACAUCUGUCAUUAUAAUUGGACAUUCUAUGGGUGGAGUUAUAGCAAAGAGUCUGUUAUCAUAUCCAACUACAGUACAGUCAACAAAUGUAAUAAUAGCACUGGCAUCACCUCUUAGUGAGCCAGUACUGAACAUUGAUCUGCCUUUUAAUGAUUUUUAUAAGAAACUAGAUUGCGAAUGGAUGUCUUGCUCAUAUGGUAAUAAUGAGAAAGUACAAAAGGCUAAACUGAUAAUCAGCUUUGGAAGCGGUCCUCGGGAUCUUCUUGUACGGCCAACUUAUACAGCUGUUAGGGAACGCAAUCUUAAUAGCUUAAACGCUUUGACUACCUCUGUGCCCGGAGUAUGGGUGUCACCGGAUCACGUGAGUAUGGUGUGGUGCAAACAGCUAGUGAUGGCAAUAAAUCGAUACUUAUUCGAUAUCGUCGACACAAAUACGAUGCAAAUAACUGAAAACUCGCAACUUUUAAUGGCCAAAGCAAGUCAAUAUUUUGAGGCGAAUCGUUCGAUGACACUGGAUCAAAAUAAAGUUCGUUCUGAAGUUAUUUUGCCAGCGGAUGCAUUUUGGUAUGAAGAUAAUCGACGCAUUUAUCAGAUAAAUCGACCUGAUAUUGACAAGUUAACUUUCUUAAUGAUACGUCUGGUGCAGUUUCCUCAGAAUAGCUUUGUUGCGAUAGAAGCGGUGAACGUUAACGAUAAAGAUUGGAUAUUCGGUUGCAACGCGAGAUUCACUCACAACACUUACCGGCAUUGCAAAGAAGCGAUAUCUUUGGCGGAGUUGAGUCGUUGGAGUGGUUCUGCUAAUGUAUCUGAACGUAGGAAAGUGGCAACUGUCGACCUGCAUGACCUGAUGCAAAAUCAUCCUAACUGGUCUCACGUCGUUGUUAGAGUGUCGCCAACGAAAAAACCUGUAACAUUGAACGUGGAUAUUAACGACUAUAAUUCUAGGAUAAUUGACGUAAAACCACCGCUACUUGGUAGUACAACCAUUAUACAGGAGACUGAACCUAACGCAGUUUACUAUGAACUUGAGAUCCAUGAUUUGGUUAUUGUACAUCAAGCUUACUUGCUUUACGUAGAACCAACGCCGACUUGUUCAAACAAGCAUUAUCACGUAUCCGCGGAGCUGCACGUCCCUUGGGCUAAGAAUUAUGAAUAUUAUCAUUAUUUUACGUAUUUAAAGCGAUCUCCGAUGAAGUUACGACUAUUCAAGAGUAGUCCUAACUAUCCAUCGGAAGCUUCUACAGAAACGGUUAAAGUUACUUUGUUGUUGGAUCCAAAAUGUACUUAUACUAUUAGCCUAUCAUCAUCUUGGUACCUCCGUUUGGGUGAAGUGGUGAGGAACUACUCGGUAGUUCUGUUCCCAUACGUUGUUGUGAUACUUUUGAUGGCAACUAGAAGUAAUAUAAUCAAUUUGUACACCGACGGCACCUGUAUGUCUGUACAUCAAGCUUUGUUGUGUAAAUACGCUGAAGCUUUGUACGCGAUCAUAUUUUUUGGAAUGAUCAGUAUGGUCUUCACACAAAUUCCAUCGUAUUUGAAUGAUGUGGUGACGUUUAAUAAUCAAGAAUUAGCGUAUUACGGGCGUUCCCUGCUGCUGGUGAUAACAUCAUAUUACACGGCUAUGGGCAUUUUCUUCAUCGCACACGGGGUUAUAUUGGCAAUUAUCGUGUUCAGCUCGCAAAUUGCUUAUAGAUUCUUUGCACUGAUUGUUUGGCAUGGUGGGGGCAAUAUUGGGGAAGACGUGGCUUCGGGCCUUCGUAAGUUACCAUUGGUAGUAACCAUCACCAUGGGCUUCGCAACACACACUUGCGGCGCGGCAGCACUGACGCUCGGCGCUGCCUUCUAUGCGUUUCUGAUAUCCAAAAUGUACCAAGAUUACCUCGAAGAUUACGUUUAUAAAUUGCUGGCGAUAAUAGGUAGCAGGAUCUGCAAGUUAUUUUCGUCUAAGGGAUCAAACGAAAAGACCAAACUCUUAUCCGUAGACAAUGAAAACGACAAUGAUAAAGAAACUAAGGAAGAGUCUAAAGUGUGCAAAUCGGGAAAGAAUACAAAACCUGAUGAUUAUGAUGAUGAUGACAUCAUUAUUAAUGAAGAAAUGAGUAAAUUGAACUUCCACAUGAUGAUGUUUCUCUUAUGGUUGAUAAUCACUAUCAUUAACAUACCUAUACUUUUGACUUGGGCCAGGAAUUUCAAAUAUUGUGUAACUAUGAAAGAUGAUUCUUCCUACAUCCCUGCCUGUGUGAUGACAGUUUGUUCGGGUGUUAUUUGGCAAUUGGAUCUGCCAAAAAGAAAAGCGGAACAUUAUGACACUUUGGCCAAUACUUUUAUUCCGAUAAAUUUGGUUGUAUUCUUAUUGGGACCGUUUACACUGUCAGUAGUCAAUUAUGGAGUGAUUUUGGUAUUUAUCGUAAUUACACUGCACCAACUCAUUUAUAUAAAUGAUGUGGAAAAUGAUGAUAAUGGAAAUGAUGACAGUGACACAUCUCAACAAUCAAGUACAAGCACACUAAAUGAUGACAACGAGAAAUCAAGUGAUGAAACCGAAGAGAAAAAUGAGAAAGCUAAUGAAAAUGAAACUGACAAGAAGGAAUCUGAUAAUUCAAACAAAGAUAUACAAGAUGAAUGUAAUGUUUGCGAUGAAAAUAAAAUAUUCAAAGUAUUAAAAAAUCUCAAAGAUAAAUUUAGCUUCAGUAAUGAUGUUUAAAUGUAUUUAUAUUCAAUUUAUUCCAAUUUUGAAAUUAGUAGAGAGUAGAGUAAUAUGGCUACUAUGCUAUUUCAUUCUAUAGAUUAUUUCAUGGUAAUUGUGACAUUAAUUGAAAUGAUAUUAUGUAAUAUGGAUAGCUAAUGUUAUAAAGUUAUAUGAUAAUUUGUUUUCCGAUAUAUAUUUAUGAAUUCACAGGUUAUAGAGAAAUAUGUAUGCACUUAGUGUAUUCUGUAAAUGUUCCCGAUUGGAACUAAAUAUAUGUUGAGAUUUAUUGUAUUUAUCUAAAAUGUGCUAUUUGAAUUAUUCGAGGUUUUAAGCUUCUCUAUAGCUUUAUAGGGACAGUUGAAUGACAUAUACAUGAGAUUAUUUUUUUAUGUUCAUUAUACAUCCUUUUUUAUUUCAUUUUCCAAGACAAUGUAUUUGAAACCAGUUACACUUACAAUUGACAUAUUUUUUUAUAAUACAGUUGACAUUACCUUUUUAUAAAUAAAGAACUGAUUUUUUUAUU